AUGAGUGGACGAAUAGAUGAACACCUGAGAAAUGGAUCCAGUGCAGAAGUCUUCUCUUACGCAGAGGACGACAUGGUGACUGACCCACUGUUGGCGCAGCAUCUUGCUCACUUUGGAAUUGACAUGCAGCGUCAGCGCAAGACCGAUCGCACCGUGAUGGAGAUGGAAGUAGAAGCGAACGAGCGACUGGGCGAGUGGCUCACUCUGCAGGAAGCUGAUCGCACCCUCACACCACUUUAUGGGCCAAGUCUCACAGGCUUAGUCAAUCUCGGCAACACCUGCUACAUAAACUCGGCCGUACAGGUGACGAAAACAUCCAUCUAUUAUUAG